AUGAUGAUAAUCGUUCAAAGGCGAUAUACCGUUUGAACAGAACUAACAAUCACUUAAGACAACCCAAACCUUUCAGUUAUUGAUCCUCUGGCCAGUGUCUGUUUCAUAUUUAGAGAUUAUGCAAAUCAAUGCCGUAAGCGAUUUAAAUGACAUCACCGAAAUGUUUUGCUAUUGCGCGAGCACCGGGGCAAGUUGUUUCCGCUUCCGUGUUUAGAUUUGGGAUACAGAGAAAUCUGAUCGUAGAAAAGAACAACUGUCUCCAAAUGCUAUCAGUUUACGGGUCUUCGGGAUUCUACAAAGCUCCAGUGAGUAAGGGCAUUGUGUGGCUGUCCUUGGCUACUUCCUUUGCCUUCUCCUUCCCACUACAGCAUUACAAGAGCUACCUCCUGUACAACCCACAGCUACUCCUGGAGAAACACCAGAUAUGGCGGCUCCUCUCUUCUCGUGUGGCCUUCCUAGAUCUCAAGGAUCUGUUUGUGUGCUGCAUGCUGGUCUAUUACUUCAGGAUCUUUGAGCGCAGAUUUGGAUCCAGAAAGUUUGUGUCCUACCUGAUUGCCUCUGGGGCACUGGCCUGUGGGGUGGAGGUCGGGUCAUUGUGGGCAUGUCAGCAUCUGGAGAUAUCUGUGGAGAAUCUCCCCACAGGACCGAUCUGCUUUGUGUUUCCGCUGUUCGUGCCGUAUUACUUUGAUAUUCCACGCGUUGCCAUGACUCACAUUCUGGGUGUGCCUGUCACUGGGAAGACGCUGACGUACAUCCUUGGUCUACAGGUAGCAAGUCCAACAUUUGAGACAAGACUUGUCGCAGUCUGUGGAAUUAUUGGUGGCUUGUUGUGGAGACUGAACUUCCUGAAAGUGAAGUCCCUAGUGGUGAUCCCGCGGUGUGUGGCCUCCAUGCUGGAUGCCACGCUAGGACGGGUACUACAGUCGCCACCCCCGAAGACGCCAGAGCUGCCAAUGGGUGCCACCCUGGAGCUGCAGAGACAAGAGCAGUUAGAUCGACUGGAACAGCAGAUGGUCAUGGCCUUUCAGAACUCACAGCCAGCCCACCGCCCUAACAUCGAUAUUCCCAGGCCACAGCCAUUGAACGUAGCAAAUGGGCCUGGUAUAUUUGGAAACCCAGACUUUCUGUUACCACCUGGCUUGCGUCAACGGAAUAAUAUGGCAGAUGCUGUCCCCACGGACAACCACAACUCGGCCUCUGACCUCUCAGGUCCACAGCUGGAGGAACAGGUCCAGCGACUUGUCGAGAUGGGAUUUAGCCAGGACAGGGUCCGGCAUGCUCUUCAAGUUACCAACAAUGACAUUUCCAUGGCAACCAAUGUUCUGCUGCAGGAGACAUAACACAGGAUUAACGAUGCCAAGCUUUGUCUUAUUAAACUGCCAUAUGUCAUUAUGUGGACAGUACUUACUGGGAUGGGAGUUGCCCUUCCGAUCAUCAACACCGCUCACUUGUUUUGCUGCACGCCAUUGGAGGGAGUGGAUGUUUACUGUGAAUCAUAGAAAUUUGAUUGGACCAAUAACUUUCAACACUCUUGUAGCAUGCUCAGGUGUGGGUCAGCCUUACAGAGUAACUCUGUAGGCUUGAACCUGCCCAGAAAAGAAUUAAUUUGCUGUGUCAUGAACAUGACUAGUUCGUCAUGGUCCGAACCUAGUGAGUGAGUGAGUGAGUGCGUGCGUGCGUGCAUGUGACUACUGUGACUGUGUGUGUUACUGCGUGUGACUGUGGUUACUGUGAUUGUGCAUAUUAGUGUGUGAGUGUCUGACUACUUGCAACUAUAUGUGUGACUACGUGCAACUAUAUGUGUGACUGCGUAUUACUGUGUGUGAGUGAGUGUGUGACUACAUGUAACUAUAUGCAUGUGUUACUGUGUGUGUGAUCUACUGUUAUACUCAUGGAAGAGUAUGUGGAGUGAAAAAAUGGCAUGAAGAAUCCGCCUACUGUUAAUUGGUUAUUCAGAAUUUGUGACAUCAUAUGUGACAAUGUGUAGUAGUCAGGACUUCCAAAACACUGUUUCUGAGUUCAUAUAUAGUCAUGAUCUUUUGUAUAUGGAUUUUCAUCAGUGCACCAGUGAUUCACAUGGAUUCAUUCAAAACCUGUACCAUCAUUCUCUGAUCACAAUUCUCGUGUCACCCUUGUUUGAAAUGAAGCAAACAUUACAAGGCUGUUGACAGUGUUGUGAUGCCUGGAUGAUCUACACAAGUGAUAUGACUGUCCAUCAUGAAGAUGGACCAAGUAUCAAGAUUAUUAGACUUUUGUACGUUUCAGCAUGCUAGGAGUGUUAUGAGGGAAUCGUGUGAUAGGAAAGGUAUUUGUAUGUACUAGAAAACAAGAUUAGAGAAGUAUUCUAUUUAAAUGUUUCAUUUCUAAGGUGGGUCUUGCCAUCUUGAAGUUGACAUUCUUGUGUACUUCAUCACUGCUUGAUACAUUGUGUAUCAAUACACAGUAGCAGUACAUCGUGUACGCUGUUGACAAUUGGUGACUUUGUAAUUUUGCAUAAUAGGAAAAGUAGUUUUGAGGUCGACAGUGGCAUGUUUUGUGUGAGUUCAUUGUUACAUGUGAUGCCCUUGAUGUGAGCUCCUCUGGUGACAUGCAACAUCAUGGAUUUACAUGUCACUUCAUGGGUUGACAUGCGAUUUCAUGGGUUGACGUGUGACCACAUGGGUUGACAUGUGAUUACAAAGGUUAACAUGUGACCACAUGGGAUGACAUGCGAUUUCAUGGGUUGACAUGUGACUUCAUAGGUUGACAUGUGACCACAUGGGUUGACAUUUGAUUUUAUGGGUUGACAUGUGACUUCAUCACCUCAGGCAGCUGAAUCCAUGAGAAUGUUUGAGAUCCAGCUUUGGAUGGUGGGGAUGCUGGUCCAGAUACAAGCAUCUAGUUAUGCUGACCCAAUGAGGGUCAUGUUGCAGCAGAGGUUAGCAAUUUCAUCCAGGCCGAUAAUACUACUUGAAGAAUACAUAUGAAGGAAAUAAAUAUUGGCAUAUAUCUGA